AAUCUUCUCGGAUUAGUAACAUUGGAUUUCAGAAUCAUGGUGAUUCCUGUCAUCAAUGAGCUCGGUCAAGAAUCAAAGAAUCGGAACAAAGUGGUGGAAGAGAUUGUGAAAUUAGAGAGAAAGAUAUUCCCCAAACAUGAAUCACUCGCGAAGUCAUUCAACGAGGAGCUAAGAAAGAGGAAUUGUGGAUUGCUCUAUUCGGAGGUAGCCGGAGAAGUUGCAGGCUACAUCAUGUAUUCAUGGCCUUCUUCCUUGUUUGCUUCCAUUACCAAGCUUGCAGUGAGGGAGAAUUGCCGAAGGCAAGGCCAUGGAGAAGCACUGAUGAAAGCAGCAAUUGAGAAAUGCAGAACCAGGAAGAUCCAGCGUUUGACGCUUCACGUUGAUCCUUCGAGGACAGCUGCCCUUGCUCUCUAUCGCAAAUUAGGUUUUGAAAUCGAUAAACUGAUUGAAGGUUAUUAUUCUUCCGAUCGACAUGCUUACAGAAUGUAUUUGGACUUCAACAACGAUUAAUGCAAUAUG